AGGAAAUUUGCAGAGAGAACCACGCCCCCUUUGAUACGCUAGAGUCACUAGACACGCCCCUCUCUGCUGAUUGGCUGAAGUGUGUUUUGGGACACUGUGGUCAAAAGUGUUUGGUGAAAGUCGCUCAGAGCAUCUUUAAUGAUCAACAGAAACACACAGUUGUCCACUAUAAACUGGUGUAGUGUCAGGAAGACAAAGAGUGAGGCUGAUCUGAGAGGAAGCUGCAGAAGCACAGGAAGAGCUGCUGCUGUUUAAACAAGAGCUCAACAUAUAUAUAUAUAUAUAAAGCAGAAGACGAGUGUCAGACACACAGAAUGGCUGAUAGGAGUCCUCUGUUUCUGCUGCUCAUCUUCUGGACACUCAGCACAGGUGUGUUUGGAGCAGGAGAUACUCACGUGUUCAGCAGAUCUGGAGAAACUGUUCAUCUGCCCUGUACAAAUACUGUUCAGCACUGCAGACCAUCAGAAACUGACUGGAUCUACAGCAGUUAUAGACGGGCAGCAGCAGAUGAACUGAUUUAUUUAGGGGAAAAGCAUAUAAUCUCAGAGAGACUGAAUCUGGGCUCUGACUGCUCUCUGACCAUCAGUAGAGUCACAACAGAAGAUGCUGGACGUUACAUCUGCCAACAGUGGAGAGGAGACCAGAAACAAGGACCUGAUUCACAUGUGUAUCUGCAUGUUGUUGCUGUUUCAGUCUCAUCAUCAUCAUCAUCAUCAUCAUCAUCAUCUGAUAUUGGUCCGGGUCUCUCUCUGACUCUCUCCUGUCGGCUAUUCAUAUAUUUUGGAUUCUUCUGUGAUGGUUUGUUAAGUUCUCAGCAUCUUCAUCUGUCCUGGGUGAAUGAGGCUGGUGUUGAUCUGAACACAGACUCCAGAUAUCAGAUCUCUUCUACAGGCUGUAUCAUCAGUCUGUCUACAACACUCAUCAGUGAAGAUGAAGAUAAACAGUGGAGAUGUGGAGUCUAUCAGAGAAAUCAACUGAAGACCUCAGACACGUUUACUGUCCACUAUUCAGCUCCAGAUCCUAUAGCAGAUCCUCUGCCCGCCCCUGUUGCAAAUCCGCUCGCGACAACUAAAUCUAAAACAACAACAACAACAGCUGCGACACCAGACCACAACACAAACCCGGAAACAGAAAAACCCAGAGCAGCUUCACCAGCUGGAGCUCAAACAACAGCAGCAGAGACUCCAGACCACAACACAACCAGUCCAGAAUCUUCAUCAGCAGUGAGUGUGAUUGUUGCUGUCGUCGCUGUGUUUGCUCUUCUGUUUUCUGCUUUUAUUGUCAGGCUGAUUCACAACAGAUUAGCUGAUGAUGAAGAAGAGGACUGUGACUUUUCUCUGCUGACGUCUGUGGUGUUUUCAGAGACUCCAGCAGAACACAUGUGGAAGAGAAUGAAAUAUUCAGUCUAGAAGUCAGAGCUAUUAUGGAAAAACUCAACACUGAAGUGCAGAUGUUUGCCGCUUUCAGAGAUUUUAUGUAUGCUAUCAUUUGUUUUUUUACUUGGUUUCAUUUAGUUAAUUGUAAAUUAUGUGGUUCGUUGUUCGCUCCAAGCCCUCCCAUGACCGUCCACCCCCACCAAUUUGUCAUGUCAUAGUUAUAAAGGUUUAAUGACCUGUUUAAUGAACAUUUUAAGUGUUAUUGAAUCUUGUUUCUAGCCAGCGCUGCUGUGUUUAUUUGUGGGCGUUUAUGAGUUCAGGCGUCUGUCUUCAUUAUUAGUGUUGAAAAAUUAUUAUUAUUAUUAGAUGGAAAAUUCUGCAUUGUGUUUUUCCAUACGGAUUAUUAAGCCAGACAAUGUUUGCUUUCAAAAAGAGUUUGCUUAUUUAAAAGUGCUCAUUUCAGGCUUUAUAUAGGAAUGUCUCAUGUCUGAGGUAAAUUUUGACUGAGAUUGAGCUGUUUUUUUUAAGCAUCUGCCAGUCAUGUUGACAGAAGACAUUGAAAGA